AUGCGUGAAGCAGCCCUUCUUCAGUCGGCUUGUGCCCUUUCUAUAAUCUCAUUAGUGGCUUUGUACAGCUAUAUUCCGCGGAUGUGGAGCCGAAUGUAUGAAAUUCGCCAACUUCUCAACUCUGAACUUCGCACAUUUUCCGAGCUCGAGUCUAAAGUUUGGCGAGAGCUAAGGGCCGAAGCUCCUCGCACGACUCGCCAAGUUUAUAACUACUGUGAAUGCGAGUACGGUAACGAUUGCCCUCCAGGACCACCAGGGAAACGAGGUGCCGAUGGUAUAGAUGGUACGCCGGGUGCAACUGGACCAACUGGUCCGCGAGGACACCCUGGAAUACUUCCCGAAUUACUCUAUCAAAAACAUGAUGGCUGUAGACUUUGCCCUUUUGGUCCAAAAGGCGCUACAGGAGCUCCUGGUAUAAACGGAGUGCAGGUUGGUAUUAUAUAUAUACAGGGUGUCCCAAAAUAAUG